CACACUCACACACUCAGACACACACAUACACACACAGACGCAGACACACACACACACGCACACACACGGAGCUUUGAAGUAACUGGAUUCAAUGGACGAGAUGCUACUGCUGGCGAGAUUUCUGCUGCUGGUCCUCUUCUCGGCUCUUUUGAUCUCCUCGGGGCUGGCGUGCGGACCCGGCAGGGGGUUUGGGAAGAGGAGACACCCCAAAAAGCUGACCCCUUUAGCCUACAAGCAGUUUAUCCCCAAUGUGGCAGAGAAGACCCUAGGGGCCAGUGGAAGAUACGAAGGGAAGAUCACCAGAAACUCCGAGCGAUUUAAAGAACUCACCCCCAAUUACAACCCUGACAUUAUAUUUAAGGAUGAAGAGAACACGGGAGCGGAUCGGCUGAUGACUCAGCGAUGCAAGGACAAACUGAACGCUCUGGCCAUCUCGGUGAUGAACCAGUGGCCCGGGGUGAAGCUGCGGGUGACGGAGGGCUGGGACGAGGACGGCCACCACUCGGAGGAGUCGCUACACUACGAGGGCCGCGCGGUGGACAUCACCACCUCCGACCGCGACCGCAGCAAGUACGGCAUGCUUGCCCGCCUGGCCGUGGAGGCCGGCUUCGACUGGGUCUACUACGAGUCCAAAGCCCACAUCCACUGCUCCGUCAAAGCCGAGAACUCGGUGGCCGCCAAAUCCGGCGGCUGCUUCCCCGGCUCGGCCACGGUGCACCUGGAGCAGGGCGGCACCAAGCUGGUGAAGGACCUGAGCCCCGGCGACCGGGUGCUGGCGGCCGACGACCAGGGCCGGCUGCUGUACAGCGACUUCCUGGCCUUCCUGGACCGCGAGGACGGCGCCAAGAAGGUGUUCUACGUCAUCGAGACGCGGGAGCCCCGGGAGCGGCUGCUGCUGACGGCGGCGCACCUGCUCUUCGUGGCGCCGCACAACGAGUCGCGGGACUGGCCGCCGCCGCCGCCUCCGAAGCUGCCGCCGCCGCCGCCGCCGCCGCCCGCCGCGCAGCCGCAGCUCGCCUCCCGCCGGCGGCCGUGGCAGGAGCCGAGGCCGCCGCCGCCGCCGCCGCCGCCGCCAGGGGGCGCCGGAGGCCGCAGGGCGCUCUUCGCCAGCCGGGUGCGGCCGGGCCACUGGGUCUACGUGGUGGAGGAGCGGGGCGGGGCCCGGCGGCUGCUGCCCGCCGCCGUGCACAGCGUGUCGCUCAGGGAGGAGGCGUCGGGGGCCUACGCGCCGCUCACCGCGCAGGGCACCAUCCUCAUCAACCGGGUGCUGGCCUCCUGCUACGCCGUCAUCGAGGAGCACAGCUGGGCGCACUGGGCCUUCGCCCCGUUUCGGCUGGCGCACGCUCUGCUGAGCGCUCUGCUCCCGGGGGGCGCGGCCCAGGGGCCCGGGCUGCCCGGCGCCCCGGACGCCCCCGCCGCCGGCAUCCACUGGUACUCGCAGCUGCUCUACCAGAUCGGCACCUGGCUGCUGGACGGUGAGGCGCUGCACCCCCUGGGCGUGGCCGUCAAGUCCAGCUGAAAAAAGCCCGCGGCGGCUCAGCGAGCCACGGCCGGCGAGCACGGGACGGGACUCCGUCCCUCCCUUCCUUACGAUAAGAAUAAAUCAUCAUCAUGCAGACAGACAGACAGACAGACAGAACCACCAGAGUAGGACAGUCCAAAGUAGACCUUAAGGAACGAAAGACCCCGGGAAGGUGUGGUGUUUAGUUUAGUUUUUAACUCCGUUGUCGUGGUUGGUUUAUUUUGGUCGUUGUGUUUGGCUUUCUUUCGUCGUCGUCGUCGUCCUUUUCCCCCUCCUCCUCCUCCUCUCCUGGAUAUUUAUUUGUUUGGUAUCCGAAUAGAUGUUUUAAAUGAUAUGAACCGGACCUUCAAGAGCCUUAAAUAGUUUGUUUCUGGGAUAAUUUAUUAUCACGCGAACUGCACUCACAGGGGGAAAAAUAAUUAUUUUGUGAGGCCAAGCGAAACUGCUCAGAGUCUAUUUUUCUACACGUCCCGCGCGUCCUGACUUUCAGAAAGCAAAAUUCCGUCCUCUCCGUUCCGCCUCCGCAUCGCUCCUGCUUUCAAGCGGAUGUACACAGAGACAUGCUUCAUGGGGGGUCCAUAAAUUAUAUUUUUAUACGCAGAAUUGUAAAUUAGAUUUUUUGAGAGAUCAAUACUUAACUGAAUUACAUUUCGUUUUUUGAAAUAGUGUAAAAUAUGAGAAUAUAUUAUUUUAAUUUAACUAGUUUCAAUUGUAACGCCAUCUCCGGUAUUGUCUUCACGGUUCGACAUUUGCUUUGUCAACGCUAUCUGGCCACCUUCUUGGAAGUCAAGACUGUUACACACGCUUUUGAUUUGCAGACCGCAAGAACUUCGUUAUUUUUAACUUCAAAGAUUUAUUAGAAAAUAAUAUUUUUUGAAAAGCGCACACGGUGAUGAGCCCGCGAGGAUGGGGCCUGUAGUUUGUACAGAGAAAAAACAAAAAAAGGAUGUUUUGCAUUAAUAAAAUGAGAAAUAACUGCUGUAAAUUUACUAAAAUGUAUUUUUGAAUAUUUUGUAAUAGUUUUAAUAGUUUUAUAGAAAUAAAAUGUGCCAUGCACAGUCUGGUUAGUAUAUAAUAACUAAGAGUUCCCGUUGCAGCCCGUUUUUUGGUUUUUUUUUCUUUUGGCUUAUCUGUUUAGGAAACAUGGUACUGAAAGGAGUCUCCGAUAUUAUAUAUUUAGAUGUGUUGUUUAUACUGUGAAUUCAGAUGAACUUAAGUAGGUAACCAAAUACAUCAAAUCAACUUGUUUAUUCUCAUCUCUUGAGAAACCUCAAAUUUGUUUCUGUUUGUUUUGUGAAGCUGUUUCUACACUCCCAUGGGAUUUCUUUUUUAAAUCUCUCUCUGGCAAAAUGGGAUGUGCGUGGCAGAGAGGAACAUCUGCAAGAGAGGUUUCAGUGGGUUGCCUCCUCCUUCCCUCUCGGCCGUCGUCAUUCUCGGUUUUGGUUACCUGUGGUCUUUCGUCCCCGUUUGGCUCUUCCAAAUAGGCCCCAUCUUAUACCUUCCGACUUCCCAUGGGUCGACCUGGACUUCUGAGUUUUCAUGGCUAGGAUGGCCCCCUCCUGAGCGAUAUCGCUACCAAGCGCCACCCCUGAGCUGAGACUACCUCCAGGGUGGGAUUUGCCUCCUACCCGACUUGACCGACGGGGAUUCUCUCUUCCUCUCUUGUCCCUCUUUGGAAUUCACCAGGGACAAGGGUGAGAAUUUGCCUUGGAAGAUAGGGUCAAUUCUCUUCCGGCCCUUUUUAGGAGGGCCGACUCAGAAAGAAGGAGUCUCGGUGACGGUUGCCCUUUUCCCUCCCUCCCACCCCCCAAGCUACUAGCUGAGACGGAUCCAGAGAUGACCUAGGCCCGUUUUCCUUUCAAGCUGUAGUAACCACUCCAGCGGCAGUGUCUAGGAGGAGGAGUUCCCUGCCCAGCUAGAGAGUUGGAGACAGCUAGAGGACCGGUGCACUGGGCUACGGGUUGCAGUGCUUAUUGGUGGCUGUGAGCUGUUUUUCUCAGAGGAGUGCAGUGGGCUGUCUCAGACAGCUGCAGUGUCUGGGAAAUUUGAGCCAUCUGCCGGAGACGGCUGCCGUGUCUGUAGCAGCAGAGCCAGACGUCCGCCUCAGGGAGCUGCGGCAUCUACAGCAGUGGGGUUGUCUGCCUCGGGCCACUGCAGUGUGAGGCAGCAUGGAAGGUGUUCGACACCUCCCCUUUGUGAGGGUAACGGGACCUGAAAGGGUGAAGUGAAGGGUUCUCUGCCUCCCACCCAGUUUGGGGCUUGGAUUUCAACUCUGCCUGGAUGUGGGCUGAGAUUAGGUGUGAGCGGAUGGUAAAUCUGAACCGAAUUGUGUGGGCGCUUCAUUGGCCGUAAAUGCGCGGUAACCCAGGCUCUGGGAAAUGUGAUGUUUGUCCUCUUCUCUGGCCCGAGUCUGGGCUUUUUAUCCAUCCUUGCUCAGAUGUGCCGUGUUUGUCUUGCAGUUGUUCCAGAUCUGAACUAGGACUGGGCCCGGAGUUGGACUCCCUUUCCAGUCGCUGGCACCCCCUGGAGCUACACGUGCAGGCAGGAGCACACGCUGCUCGUGGCCUCCGGCCCCGGCGGUGUCAGGGACUGGAAAGGAAACGGCCCCCGGGGGAGGGGCAGAGCUGUGCCUCUGCUGUGGGUCUUCCCGCAGGAAUCCCACCAUUUCCCAUUUUCCAGGUCCAGCCGCGUGCUAGGAAGGGGUCCAGAGGGCUCUCGCACUUGCACAAAGUGCCAGAGCGGGGUCAGCUUGGACCGUAGGAAAAACAGGCAUUUUCUGGGCGGGGGGGAGAUCUCUCCAUACUGACAAGGUUCGCUCUCCUGCCUCUCUGUCUCUUCUCCUCAGAGGCCCCUUUCUCUCCCUGGCCAAACCCAGUCGAGUGCCAGCGUCGAGCCCCGGUAGAUUGAGGGUUUCUUCAGGGAAAGGGACACCAACACGAGCGGUGGUAGUGGGUCCUCAGUGCUUUUCGCCUUGCUAAAAUAGUGUUGGCUCCCAGGAAGCUGUUCCUCCGCCAGUCAACUUGGGGAGCAGCUGGAAUAUCUCUAACAGCCCUAAACUCAGAAGCCCGGGCCGGGGAGCAUCUGCUGCUUGGGGGAUGACCAGUCCUUUCAGCUACGCCAUCUGGUGUUGUGUUUCCAUUGCUUGUUCCACUCCAUCCUGUCCCUUUUCAACUCCAUCCUUGAACAAUGCCUUCACAGCUUUAUACUAAGAAUCGCCCUUCUUCGUGAGUACUUGGAGCUAGCUCUUUGUUCGAGGAAGCUCACGGCUCUGAGAUAGGCAGGAGCUUCAGGCCUCCUCUCACUGGAUUGCAAAACUGUAGGUGCGGCCCAGGGGUCUCAUUUUCAGGGCUUGACUACUGGCAAUAGUUUGUGUAAAAUGUACGCAUAGUGGUUGCUGCAGACCAGCUCAUGACGAAAUACAUAUCUAUUCCUGUUGAAAUAAUGUAUGAGAAUGUACUUGAAGCUAUUAUCCUUGUGCUCUGUUGUUUGACCAAUUAAAGAAAUUACAGAGA